GCGCGCGCGCCCCCGCCCCAGGCCCACUGCGCGUGCUUCCGGUCAGGCGAGGCCUCGGGGCCUGAGGCCUGGCCAGGGCGCCCUCGCCUCCCGCCGCCCUGGCUCCGCAGGCGAAAUCCAAGUGGCCGCCGCGCGUGACGCGCGCGCCUGUCGGGGCGGCUGGCCCCGCCGAAGAGGUGGCGCGGGCCGGGGUCGCAGCGCCGCGCCGGGAAGCCCCUUGCAGCCGGCGGGGCCUGGCCUGAGCGCGGUCCGCAGCGCCUCCCCGGCCAUUUCCCCGAGGAGCGGCGGCUCUGACGAGCGCUAUGAAGCACCUUAGGCACCCAGGUAUUUGGAAGAUGCUCACAGUGACAAUGUGCAUGGUCCUUCUGGGCUGCCUACAGGCCCACAAGCUCCAGGGACAUGUCUCCAUAAUCCUGCUGGGAGCAACUGGGGACCUGGCUAAGAAGUACUUAUGGCAGGGACUAUUUCAGCUAUAUCUGGAUGAGGCGGGGAAGGGCCACAGUUUUAGCUUCCAUGGGGCUGCUCUGAUGGCCCCCAAGCAGGGCCAAGAGCUCAUGGCCAAGGCCCAGGAAUCUCUCUCCUGCCCCAAAGACAUGGCACCUGGUGACUGUGCUGAACUCAAGGAUCAGUUCCUGCGGCUGAGCCAGUACCACCAGCUGAAGACAAUUGAGGACUAUCAGGCUCUCAGCAGGGACAUCGAGGCACAGGUCCAGCAUGAAGGCCUCCGGGAGGCUGGUAGGAUUUUCUACUUCUCGGUGCCGUCCUUUACCUACACAGACAUUGCCCGCAACAUCAACAGCAGCUGUCGUCCGGGCCCAGGUGCCUGGCUGCGGGUCGUCCUUGAGAAACCCUUUGGCCACGACCACCUCUCAGCCGAGCAGCUGGCCACAGAACUUGGGAGCUUUUUCCAAGAGGAGGAGAUGUACCGGAUAGACCAUUACCUGGGCAAGCAGGCUGUGGCUCAGAUCCUGUCUUUCCGAGACCAGAACCGCCAGGCCUUGGAGGGCAUCUGGAACCGGCACCAUGUGGAGCGGGUGGAGAUCAUCAUGAAGGAGACUGUGGAUGCCGCAGGUCGCACUGGCUUCUAUGAGGAGUAUGGCGUCAUUCGCGACAUCCUCCAGAACCACCUGACAGAGAUCCUCACCCUUGUGGCCAUGGAGCUGCCACACAAUGUCAGUGACUCCACAGCAGUGCUACAGCAGAAGCUGCAGGCCUUCCAGGCCCUGCGGGUCCUGCAGAGGGGCAGUGCCGUGGUGGGCCAGUACCAGGCGUACAGCGAGCAAGUGCGCACAGAGCAGCAGAAACCAGACGGCUUCCGCAGCCUGACGCCAACCUUCGCAGGCAUCCUCGUCCACGUCGACAGCCUGCGCUGGGAGGGCGUUCCCUUCAUCCUCAUGUCUGGCAAAGCCAUGGAUGAGAGGGUGGGCUACGUCCGCAUCUUGUUCAAGAACCGGGCAUAUUGUGCACAGAACGAAAAGCAUUGGGACCCAGUGCAGAGCCAGUGCCUGCCUCGACAGAUCAUCUUCUACAUUGGACACGGUGAGCUGGGAAGCCCUGCCAUGCUGGUCAGCCGGAGCCUGUUCAAGCCCUCCCUGUCCCCCCAGAGCUGGAAGGAAAUGGAGGCCCGGCCUGGGCUCCGCCUUUUCGGCCGCCCUCUGUCUGAUUACUAUGCUUACAGCCCCGUGCAGGAGCAGGAGGCCUACUCCAUACUCUUAUCUCAUAUCUUCCACUGCCAAAAGGGUUCCUUCAUCACCACAGAGAACUUGCUGGCCUCCUGGGUCUUCUGGACCCCCUUGCUGGACAGCCUGGCACACGAGGUCCCACGCCUCUACCCAGGAGGGGCCGAAAAUGGCCAUCUGUUGGACUUCGAAUUCAGUGGCGGCCAGUUGUCCUUUUCCCAGCCUCAGCCGGAACAGCUGGUGCCAGGACCAGGAACCACCCCAAUGCCCAGUGACUUCCAGGUUCUCGGGGCCAAGUUCCGAGAGAGCCCCCUGGUUGCAGCCUGGCCUGAGGAGCUCAUCUCUAAGCUGGCCAAUGACAUUGAAGCCACAGCAGUGCGAGCGGUGCGGCGCUUUGGCCAGUUCCACCUGGCGCUCUCGGGUGGCUCAAGCCCCAUAGCCCUGUUCCAGCAGCUGGUCAUGGGGCACUACGGCUUCCCCUGGGCCCACACACACGUGUGGCUGGUCGAUGAGCGCUGCGUCCCGCUCUCGGAUCCGGAGUCAAACUUCCAGGGCCUGCAGGCUCACCUGUUGCAGCAUGUCCGGGUCCCAUACUACAAUAUCCACCCCAUGCCUGUGCACCUGCACCAGCGUCUCUGUGCGGAGGAGGACCAGGGUGCCCAGGUCUAUGCCCGGGAGAUCUCUGCUCUGGUGGCCAACAGCAGCUUUGACCUGGUGCUGCUGGGCAUGGGCACCGAUGGGCACACGGCCUCCCUCUUCCCUCAGUCACCCACCGGCCUGGACGGCGAGCAGCUGGUAGUGCUGACCAGGAGCCCCUCCAGGCCGCACCACCGCAUGAGCCUCAGCCUGCCCCUCAUCAACCGGGCCAGGAAGGUGGCAGUCCUGGUCAUGGGCAGGAUGAAGCGUGAGAUUACCCUGCUGGUGAGCCGUGUGGGCCAUGAGCCCAAGAAGUGGCCCAUCUCAGGCGUCCUGCCCAGCUCUGGCCAGCUGGUCUGGUACAUGGACUACGAGGCAUUUCUGGGGUGAUGGCACCUCGCCCUUUGCUGACCCAUGCUUUCUCUCACCUGUCUCCCUCCCUCUCCUGAUCCCACCCCUGGCCCAGCGUGCCCUGCCUCUCGAAUCUGAUGCCCCAGUGUCAGGUCCUAGAGAGGGAAGGACGAGGCCCUGCCCCAGUACCUUUGGCCAUCAUUCUGUCUAGUUUUGGGUGGAUGCAGAAACAAGGAAGAAAUGGAAUCUCUGCUCUCAAGAAGCUUCAAAUCCAGGCCAGGAAAGAAACCUUAAGAAGAGACCUACAUUAGUUACACAUUAAUAUCAACCAGAACAAAAUAAGGUGGUGUGAAAGCUCCCAAAUUCAGAAGAAGGAACAUGAUGGGCUGAGGUUAAUCAGGACAAGCUUUCUGGGGAGGCGAUCCUUGAACUGGCUCCCAUGGAACACAAGAGCACGACUGGUGGAGAGAAGGGCGCAGAGGCACCCAUGGGAGUGCAGUGCCCAGAGCAGAGCAGGGAAGCUGGGAACCAUCCAGAGACCUUGAGCCAGCUGAGUACCUGCUUCCCCCAGCUGUCCCUCUGUCCAGAGCCUCUGCACAUUCAGUCCUGUCCUCUCCUCUUCGCAGCUGCCUCCUGCCCCCUCCCUGGGUCCUCUCUCCUCACCCCAGCUGUGGAGUAGGAUUCCCAGUCCCCUCCCUGUUUCUUUCCUUCCUCUCAGGCUCUCCAUUUAUAGAGAUGAGGGAUGAUGACAGGGACACAGCAACAAAUACCAGAAUGUUAAGAAGGUCCCAGAAGUCCUCAGACAUCCUCAGUGGACAGGCUGCUGUGCACAGGAAGCUGGGGGUCUGGUCCUCAGGGAGGACCCCGCCCUCUGCCUGCAUUCCUCUCUAGCCGGUCUCCCUCCACAAAACAUGCUGGGGAGAGGUGAUCAGGUGACUCCAGGGGCCCCUAAUAUAAAAGGGUCAUUUACGUCUCAGAGGACUCCCAGGUGGGUAUUUCCACUCUCGGUGGCCUCUCUUGUUUCACCAGGAAAGAUGCAGUUCAAUCAUUCACUGAUGGUGACAAAUCCUUUGGGGGGAGAGAUGUGACAUCAGAUGACACUAGCCCAUCCAGGCAGCUCUGAUCUGCCCAGACAGGAGUUAGGCUUCCAGGCAGGGUAGCUCAGCUCACAGGCAGUGCUGGCUGCCCCCAAGCUUCUCAGGAGCUUGUGGCCUAUUCGCAGGGCCACGCAGGACAGGCGGCAACCAGCCCUUGUCAUACUACCUCUGGCGGCCACAAGCUUGCCACUUCUCUCUCCACCACUGACUGCCUGAAACCUGGGGGAGUAAACAGGCAGCUCCCCUGUACACACAGGUUGGCACUCUGCUCCUGAGAAGCCAUGGGCUUGUGAUGCCUGUUUCUCUGAAACCCCAAGGGAGUCACUGAAAUUCUCAAAAAAAAAAAAAAAAAAAAAUUCCCAGGACACAUGUAAUGUUUGCUUCACCUUCCCACAGUCAUGCCCUCAAGCUAUGACUCAGAAGGACUAAGGUAGAUUUUUCUGUGCGACAUACCCCCACCUUUAGUCACACUUUGUAUUGGGCAAGUACAAAGUUUCAGUGUCAUACAGAAUUUUCCAAGAGAGGGCCUUUUUCAGGAGGAACAUUAUGAAAUGUUUCUCUUGAUCGUUUAUACUUUCUUCAAGGCUACGGAUUUACCAUAAUCUCACUUUCAUUUGAGAGGGGCGCACGGAAAUGGUGCCGGAGCCGGGGCUUCCGUGAGAGGUGCUCUUGUUGACAGGCUGCUUACCCUGGCCUCCAGCGAGCCGGUCCAGACACACGUCUCUCUUUAGACCAAGAGAGCUGCCCUGGCAGGACAGCGCCAUAGUGCCCGGGUGGCGCAUUUGCUCCCCUCUACAUCUGGCAAGCUGUGCUCCACCGUGGUUGCCCUCGAAGUUCCACCUCUGGCCACAUGGGGGUGCCCGCGCACCAUCAUGGCCUCCACUAUCUGACUGCAGUGGCCUCCCCUGGCGGCAGGUUCCUAGGCCGUGUUUCUUUAGAUUUCCAUCAUCUGCCUCCCCGCGUGCUGGUCCCAGCACUCCCCCAUCUGUUCUUUAGGAAGUUACUCCUGUGUGGUUGUAACAGCAGAGAGGAAGGGGCCUUCACAUGCCCGAGUAUCACUCCAGGAUAAAGGGCACACGGCCUCUUAGGUCACCAUUUCUGAAUAAUAGUGAGUCACUGCCGGGCCUGAGCCGAGAAUGUCCUGAUCUUACUCAGAGCAAUGACUUGCUUGAGAACGUGCCUUUAUCUGUGGAGAGUGCCUGCAUGGGAGCGGGGUGGAGGCACAAAUGCCAAAGGCUUCCUUCCCAGAACCAAGUGCUUCCUUAAAAUCAUGAUGGAAAAAUCUAAA